GCGGCGGAGGCAGCGGCUGGGCCCGGGCCCCGUGCGUCUGUCCGCGCCCGGUGGAUGUGAAUCGGCGGCGGCGGCGGCGGCGGCGGAGGAGGAGGAGUCGGUGGGCCGGCGCCCGGCCUGUGGGAGCGCGGAGGAUGAGGCCGCUGCCGGGCGCUCCUGGCGUGGCGGCGGCCGCCGCGUUGUUGCUGCUGCUGCUGCCCCGGGCUCGGUCUGACGAGCACGAACACACGUAUCAAGAUAAAGAAGAAGUUGUUUUAUGGAUGAAUACUGUUGGACCCUACCACAAUCGCCAAGAAACAUAUAAAUAUUUUUCACUUCCAUUCUGCGUAGGGUCAAAAAAAAGUAUCAGUCAUUACCAUGAAACUUUGGGAGAAGCACUUCAAGGAGUUGAAUUAGAAUUUAGUGGCCUGGAUAUUAAAUUUAAAGAUGAUGUGAUGCCAGGUACUUAUUGUGAAAUUGACUUAGAUAAAGAAAAGAGAGAUGCAUUUGUGUAUGCUAUCAAGAAUCACUAUUGGUACCAGAUGUACAUAGAUGACUUACCAAUAUGGGGUAUUGUUGGUGAAGCAGAUGAAAAUGGGGAAGAUUACUAUCUUUGGACCUAUAAAAAACUUGAAAUAGGCUUUAAUGGAAAUCGAAUUGUUGAUGUUAAUCUAACCAGUGAAGGAAAGGUCAAAUUGGUUCCAAAUACUAAAAUACAGAUGUCAUAUUCAGUAAAAUGGAAAAAAUCAGAUGUAAAAUUUGAAGAUCGAUUCGACAAAUAUCUUGAUCCAUCCUUUUUUCAACAUAGGAUUCACUGGUUUUCAAUUUUCAAUUCCUUCAUGAUGGUGAUCUUCUUAGUGGGUUUAGUUUCAAUGAUUUUAAUGAGAACUUUAAGAAAAGAUUAUGCUCGAUACAGUAAAGAAGAAGAAAUGGAUGACAUGGACAGAGACCUAGGAGAUGAAUAUGGAUGGAAGCAAGUGCAUGGAGAUGUGUUUAGACCGUCAAGUCACCCUCUGAUAUUUUCUUCUCUCAUUGGUUCUGGAUGUCAGAUAUUUGCUGUGUCUCUCAUUGUUAUUAUUGUUGCCAUGAUAGAGGAUUUAUAUACAGAGAGGGGCUCAAUGCUCAGUACAGCCAUAUUUGUCUAUGCUGCUACGUCUCCAGUGAACGGGUAUUUUGGAGGAAGUCUGUAUGCUAGACAGGGAGGAAGGAGAUGGAUAAAGCAGAUGUUUAUCGGGGCGUUCCUCAUUCCAGCUAUGGUGUGUGGAACUGCCUUCUUCAUCAACUUCAUAGCCAUUUAUUACCAUGCCUCUAGAGCCAUUCCUUUUGGAACAAUGGUGGCCGUUUGUUGCAUCUGUUUUUUUGUUAUUCUUCCUCUAAAUCUUGUUGGUACAAUACUUGGCCGGAAUCUGUCAGGUCAGCCCAACUUCCCUUGUCGUGUCAAUGCUGUGCCUCGUCCUAUCCCGGAGAAAAAAUGGUUUAUGGAGCCUGCAGUUAUUGUUUGCCUGGGAGGAAUUUUACCUUUUGGCUCAAUCUUUAUUGAAAUGUACUUCAUCUUCACGUCUUUCUGGGCAUAUAAGAUCUACUAUGUCUACGGCUUCAUGAUGCUGGUGCUGGUCAUCCUGUGCAUAGUGACUGUCUGUGUGACCAUCGUGUGCACGUACUUCCUGCUAAAUGCAGAGGAUUAUAGGUGGCAAUGGACAAGUUUUCUCUCUGCUGCAUCAACUGCAAUCUAUGUUUACAUGUAUUCCUUUUACUACUAUUUUUUCAAAACAAAGAUGUAUGGCUUAUUUCAAACAUCAUUUUACUUUGGAUAUAUGGCGGUAUUUAGCACAGCCUUGGGGAUAAUGUGUGGAGCAAUUGGUUACAUGGGAACAAGUGCCUUUGUUCGAAAAAUCUAUACUAAUGUGAAAAUUGACUAGACACCUGAGACAACCUGGAACUUCGGAUCAGUUUCUCUUUCAUGAGGGUGGAACUUGCACAGAAAAGAAGAAUAAGCGCAAGAAGAGAUUUGGGCUGAACACUGGGUACUUCGUGGGUCUCUUUCAUGGAUGGCUUAAAGUAACAUCUAUUUCCAUUGAUCCUAGGUUCUUACUGACUGCUUUCUCCAACUGUUCACAGCAAAUGCUUGGAUUUUAUGCAGUAGGCAUUACUACAGUACAUGGCUAAUCUUCCCCAAACUAGCUCAUUAAAGAUGAAAUAGACCAGCUCUCUUCAGUGAAGAGGACAAAUAGUUUAUUUAAAGCAUUUGUUUCAAUAAAAGAACUAGAGGGAAACGUGGAUGCUAGAAUUCCAUGAGUAGAAAUCUUCCUGGCACUUGGUGUUUCUAUGUUAUUGAAAAAUGAUGUUCCAGAAAGAUUAUUUUUUCUCUUAUUUUUACUGCCAUUGUUGAUCUAUUGUGGGACAUUUUUAUAUACUGAACCUGGGUUCUUUCUGACCUGCUGUUGUUCGUCCCUUCACUCAAUUGCAUCUUUUUUUUUUUAAACAAAAUUAAAAACUAUUAAAUUCUGCAUGGAAUAUAUCUGCUGUCAUCUUAAUCUUAGUUGGAUCAACCUCAUUUAUUUAUCUUAAAAUUAACUAGUUAUAUCUCAGUUCCAUCCAAAGAAAAUACAGUAUGAAAAUAGAGGUGUAUUCUCUAUAAUGCAAUUUACUGUACAGUUAGAAAGCAAAGUGUUAAAUGGAGAAGAUACUUGUUUUUAUUAAACAUUUGGAGAUUUAGAUAAAUUACAUUUUAACUGAAUGUCUAAAGUGAUUAUCUUUCCCUCCCUCCCCCCAAGUUAGUCUUACAUCUUUUUUUGGGGUUUCAAUGAAGGCUUUACAUAAGAAAUUAUUAAAAAAUAAGGGGGGCAUAAGUGUAUAUACCAUUAAUAAUGUCGUGUAGGUGUAGGCUCGUGGACGCAUUUGGAUGUACAGAUGACUGGAAGACUUCUUUGGGAUGAUGAUUGCUGUAGAAAUGUGUGGGUUUGGGUGGCCUUUUACAUCUUGCCUACCAUUGCAUGAAACAUUGGGGUUUCUUCAAAAUGUGUGUGUCAUACUUCUUUUGGGAGGGGGUUGUUUUCUUCUUUUAUGAAACUCCUACUGGAGCUAAAUUUGUAAUUUAGAAACAUUUAAUUUUGUUAAUCCUGUCUGGGACAUUUAAGUAACAUCUAAAGCAUUAUUGCUUUAAGAUGUUCAAAUAAAAUUUCCUGACCAAAUUGUUUUGUGACAGUAGAUGUGUUUAUAAUUUGGAGGUACCUGCUCAAAAGGCAAUAUUAUAGAAUGCCAUUAUUAUUUUUUUGAUGCACUAUAAAGUAUACUUUUCAAAUACAGAGGACCCACACUUUAAAUUCCCAAACACAGAGCCAGGUAUGGUAGUUUAUGCCUAUAAUCCCAGCUCCAGGGAAGCUAAGACAGAAUGUUGUAAUGAAUUUAAGGACUGGACUACAGAGUAAGUUAUAGGCCACUCUGUGAGUUAUGUGCUACUCUGUAAGAUUGUUCCAAAAAAAAGAAGAAGAAGAAGCAAGUCCAGAAGCCUGUCUAUGGAUAGUUACAGAUAAACUAUGAGUGAUAAACCCGUUAUAUGAGAUUGUGACAUACAAAUCUAAAUAAACAUUGAUUGGAUUGCUGUGCCAUGUGAAAUAGAAGGGAAUAUGAGUGGCUAAGCUAACAGUGUUAGCUCAUUCAGUGGCUGAACAAAUGAAGGCUAUAGAAAUCUCAAAUUAUUUUAAUUUGCACAAAAAUUUCUGGAUCUGCUCAUAUUGUGAAGUUUUCCUAGAACUAUUGAGUUUCUGAUUCAGUACUUUGCUCUGCAGAUACCCAAAUCUAUACUGUAUAUUGGUGUUUUUAGAAAGACUCAAAUCAUCUGUAUUAAACUUUAACAAAACUCAUGCAUUUAUAGUUACAUGAGAAAUUUUUUAAAUCGAUGGACUCUGUGUUUUUAACUGAGGCAUGUGACAUCUUUAGGGUGUUUAGAUUCUUAACCUUAAGUGAUGAACUGUGGUCAGUCAUCUUCAAGCCAGAAUCUCAGGUUCGAUGUCACCUACUAAUUGUUAACAUUUUAUCUUUCUCACCUGCCCUUAUGAUCUUAAACUAAAAGGCUCUAUUUGUUUAUAUCAUGUAACUUUUAAACAUAUAAAGUAUUUUUAAUAUAAGAACACUUAGUCUACAGGUUGGAGUGUAGCUCAGUAGAGUGCUUGCCUGGCUUACACAAAGCCUUGGUUCGAUCCCCCACACUGCAUAAACUGGGUGUGAUAGGACAUGUUUGCAGUCACAGCAUUCAGCAGGUAGAGGCAGGAAGAUAUCAGAAGUCCAGUUAACCUCAGCUACAGAGUGAGUUCAGCACUACCCUCUGCUGUAUGACACUCUAUCACUCUUUAAAAUGAAGCAAAACACUUUUUGUCUGAUGGAAUAUAUAUAACUAGAUAGUGAAUUUUUGUCUUAAUAAAAUAUUUUUUCUCAUAAUCUUGGAGGUAAUAUGUAGUGUUUUCAGAGAACAUGGCUGUUUCAGGUGCACCUAUUUUUUCUGCUAGGUUGAGAGCUCUGGAGUUCUUUGAAGUCUACAAUGAAAAGUAAUUUUCAAAUAUUUUAAAUACGUUAAAGUGAAUAUAAAUUACUUCGAAAGCUCAUUUAUAAAAAGACUUGUAUUGAUUGGUUUAUAACUUCACAGAGGGGCAAUAUAAAUGUAUAUAUUGAAAAAGAUAUAGGUCACAGGUGGCUUAGUUCUCCCUAGUUCUUAGUUAAUAGAAUCAUUCAAACAAUAUCUAAGUUAAUUGGAAGGCGAAGCUUUUGUACUCCAUUAAUGUUGUAUCUUUAAUUUACUAACAUCUGCUUAGUUUGUCAGCUGACACUUUGAAUACUAUCAAAAACUAAGAAUAUACUUUGUAUCUUUAAGCAUGUUUCCUGAAAAUUAACUACAUUAGAAAUUGACAUCCUAUGCUGGUCUCCAAGUGCAAGAGUAGGUUUUGAAAGAGUAGAACUGACCUGGCUAGAGGGACCUCCAGUGUGCUAGUAUACUGUCUAGGCUUCCAGACUGUGUUGGUUUGCAGAGAAACCCCAUGCCCUUAGAAUCAUUGUCUUGUACUCUCUGAACCUCGUGGCUGGGAUGCUCUGGUGUUUCCCACUGGUGGUGGGUCGUCCUUUUUCUAAAGGUGGUUGCUGCAAAUUCCAGUUCUUCCAAAAGCCACUUGAUUUAAGGGUUUAUCCACAAAUUGUGCUCAUUUUGAUAAAGCAUUUGUGUCCUAAAUGUCUACUAAUCACUUUAUGCCAAAUGUCUUGCAGAUGUUAUUUUUAAACUUCCUGAAUUUUUACAAAUGUAAAAAGGAAAAAGUGUAUUAGUGUAAUUUGUUCAGGAGUAGUUACAUACUGAAGGGCUUCUGUACAUGAGUUCUAGGGGCAAAAGCCUUAUGUAGAAACCUGUACACUGCAGUUCCAUCUGGGUUUUAAUUUAGAUUUCAGCAUUUCUUAGUGCUUCAUUCUAUUGGUUUAUUGGAACAUGCAAUAGGAGUAUUAAUUUACAGAAGCACAGAUGUUCAUGUUUUCUAUUAUGUAAAAUUCUGUAGUUAAGCUAUAUUUUAGCAGUCAAGGCGUUAAAAGAGAUCAGAGGAGUGGAAAUGUAGGAUUGUUUGAAAGUGUACUUAGUACUAGACUAGUUUUAUAGACAAGGAAGAACAGAAGGGUGGCACACACUUGAAGACAUUCGGUAUGACUUACAGUCCAGGUGAGGGCAAGUGCUAGUCCUUUCCAGUGAGCAUGCCUGAAGGUUUCCUGAAUUAGUGUUCCUCCUGGAGCCAUGUGUGCCGUGUGCAAAGGUCAAAAGUUCCUUCACAGCUGCUGUAAAAGAAGCUAACAAUGAAGUUCUAGUGGACUAGGCAGGCGCAGUCUGUGCUUGCCCUCACCCCGUCAGUCUAGGCUCUUUGGAGGUUGUAAGUGCUGUAAGAGCUAAAUGUAAGAAGGAAAAGGGUUGUCUGAAGGACAGCAGAGUUUUCUAUAAAAACGUCAUUGGGCUUCUCAUCUUGUUCACCUUGAACCUGCAGAUCCCCACAGAGCACGACAGUCAAAAGGUGGGAAGACACGGUGAUUGCCCAUAUCACUUCCAUUUUGUAUACGCUCUGGGUUUGUGUAGGCGUAUUCCAACUGGCUUUUUAGUAAUAGAAAUCCAGUAUAUAAUGUAUCAGAUACAACUGAGGUUCUAAUCUAGUCUGUUAAUUUACCUGAAGCUGGAUUUUUAAAAAAGUAAUAAAAAAUUAAAUGUA